AUGACAUCCACAGCAAGCUUUUCCCUUUCCGAGCCUCAGCCUUACGACUCGCUUCCAGUAAUGAACGAUCUCGAUGCCGCCAUGGCAGUGUUCGAUGAUUUUCGAUACAGCAUCCCAUCAGAAUAUAGUUCACCAGAACAAGACCUCUCCAGUCCAAUGUUCUCUUCAGCAUCUUCCUCACCAGACGGCCGGCUUAAUGAGGUCGACGCGUUCUCUAUGGAUUUUUUUGCCCAGCAUGACCUCAACUUUGGGUCGUCUGAAGCCGCAUCACAUCUCAAUAUGCUCUCCGGCCCUGGUCCAUCGGCAGGGCCUGACUCGAUGAAGUUGGAAAACGGACCAUCAUUCGAUGACCCCUCCCUUUCCACAACCAAGCCCGAGAUGAAGUCGCACACUGAGUCCCGUUUGUCCUCGGUUAAGCCAGUACCCAAGCCGCUGAAUCUGGACCUAGCCGCGUCCAUGUCCAUGACAACGACGGAUUCCCCAUCGCCUACGCAGUCUGCCUCGCCCUUUUCGUCCAUCCCUUCUUCACCUACAUCCCCUUCGUACGAAGAUGCUCCUACGCCCGUAGUGGCCUGUAGUAAUUGCAAGCGGUCCCACGUCAAGUGCGACCACGGACGUCCCUGCCUGACCUGCCUCAAGCAUCCGUUGAAAGCUGCUACUUGCCGCGACGCCGUCCCCAAAACAAGAGGACGUCCAAAGGGUGGCAGCAAAGCAGCGGCGGUCGAUGCCAUGGUCGCGGCCAUGAUGCAGCAGCACCCGGGCUUCCCGCCAUACGCAACUGGUCCAUUCCUCCAUCUCCAUGGUCAGCCAGACCAACCUCUCCCUCAGGGGUUGGGCCGCCAGCGUGCCAUGUCCUUCCCGCACAUCUCGCCUUUUGCCAUGCAACAAGAGCAGCUGCAACACCAGGAGAUGCUGAUGCGUCAGCAUGAGCACCGUCCUCAGUACCAUCAACGUGCGGUAUCUAACGGCCAUAUCCCAAUGCAUGGUCCUGCGGUUGAAUUUCGUCAAGCCGUCCAACCUGCGUGGGGUGCUCCUGCUCCUGGUGUUCCUGAAAUGGGACCCAUUGCCGAAAUACCAUCGGCUCCCGCACAUCCUUCGGUCGCGUACACCUCUCCUGCCUUGGAUGCCUACGAGCUCCAGCAGCUUCAGCGCCACCGCCAAGAGGUCCAGCAGCUGAUGGAGCAGGGAAAAAACUCCCUUCCAUCACCCGUCUCCCAGCCCUCCACGCCGGUGACUCCGCACGAUAUGGGAAUGACUCGAUCUAUGAGCGACCAUUUUGGAGGUGCUCGGGCUCCUGUUCGGCAUCUUCGCAGCGAGCAUCACCAUCCGUUCAUGCAGCAGCAUCCACAGCGUCGUCAGAGACCGCACCUGGGCCAGCACCUCACCCUCAUGAUUCCAAGCACUCCACACGGCACCCGAAGAGUCGUCUCUGCGGGACCCAGCCCUGUCUCUGCCACCUUCCCGGUCUCCCCGGCGGCCUUCCCAGCAUCGCCCACAGCGAUGCUCUCGCCCCCAGCAUCGCUUCAUUCUCCAACUCAGGCGUACCACCAUCAUCGCCAUCACUCCCAUCACUCGGUCCAUCUUCAGCAGCCACCGCUGUCACCCAUGGCCCAUGGCCCUGUCGCUCAUGGCGAUGGUACCAGCCUGGAGAGCCAGCACAUGGCGCAUCUGCUGCUCCAGGAGCUCGAGAUCAAGCACGACCUCGAAAUGUAUGAGCAGCAAGGGUACCAGAAGCAACAAGAGCUCGCUCGCAUCAACAUGCAGAAGAUGAAGUUGCAGCAACAGCAACAGCAUUUCCUGCUCGAGCAGCAGCAACACGGUCCUAUUUGUGCCCAGACCCAGCAGCAGCACCAGCUGGCGCUCGAGCGGUUCGCACAGCUGCAACAGCAGCAGUACCAGCAGCACCAGGCUGCUUUCCAGCAUGAACAUCAAGGCCGAGUCCGGUUCCAUCGCAGACCAUCUCUGCAGAUUGGAUUGACGACCCCAGGCAUGUCACCAAUGGCGCUAACCAGUGCUUCGGGCCCGCUGUCGACCGUUCAUGACGAAGAGAUGGUCGGCAUCGAGGGGUAG